AUGUCUUCAAGACGAGCUCUUCAUUUUGUUUUCAAAAUCGGUAACAGAACUGAGACUGCAAAGUUUUACAGAAAUGUUCUUGGAAUGAAGUUUUUGAGACAUGAGGAAUUUGAAGAAGGUUGUAAAGCAGCGUGCAAUGGACCAUAUGAUGGUAAAUGGAGUAAAUCUAUGGUUGGUUAUGGACCAGAAGAUAAUCACUUUGUUGUAGAAUUAACAUAUAAUUAUGGGUUAGGGUUUUAUAAAAUUGGAAACGAUUUUCAUGGUAUUACUAUUAAAUCUAAUAGGAUACUAGAGAAUGUAAGAAAAACUAAUACUACCAAUACUGUUAAAGAUGAUAUUACUACUAUUGAAUCACCUGAUGGGUAUAGAUUCCACAUUGUUCCUGGAAAUGUCCCUAAUGAUGCAGAUCCUGUUCAAUCAGUACAAUUGGGUAGUUCCAACUUAGAGAAAACGAUAGAUUAUUGGAAAAGGUUAUUAGGAAUGCAGAUCUAUUCUCAAACAGAAAAAUCAGUUGUUUUGGGAUAUGCAGAUGAUCAGUGUAAAUUAGAAUUUUUUGAUCUUGGUGUACCUAUAGAUCAUGCUACAGCAUUUGGAAGAGUUGCAUUCAGUUGUCCAAGAGAUCAGUUACCAUGCAUAGAACAAACUAUUAAAGAUGCCAAUGAAAAGAUUUUAACUCCAUUAGUAAGCUUAGAUACACCUGGUAAAGCUACAGUUGAAGUUGUUAUAUUAGCUGAUCCUGAUGGUCAUGAGAUUUGUUUUGUUGGUAAUGAAGCUUUUAGAGAAUUAUCUCAGGUUGAUUCAAAAGCAGAUGCUUUAUUAGAUGAGGCUGUACAAGCAGAUAAAAGUGAUGAAUGGUUUGCAAGACACAACAAAUCUAAAGCUUCUGCUUAAAUCUGUGUGAAAUUGUUAUGUUGUUAUAUGUGUUUUAUAUUAUUUUUGAAAUUUAUGAUAUUAUCUUUCAUGUCAUCUUCCAUGACCUUUUUCAAUGACAUCCUGACAUUUUUAUUUGAGUUUAAAAUUAUCUCUUGAAAAAGUAAGUGAAGAUCUCUCCUAUCAGGGUAUAUGUUAUUAAAACAAGCAUUCAUUUCAUAAAGGUUUCUGUACAUUUAGUAAUUAUUGUAAACAUCUGUAUUUGUUUAUUAGUGACAAUGACAAUAUAUGUGUUAAAUAAGUGUUUAUUGUUUUUAUCGCCAUUUUUAUGACAUUUGCUAUUUCUCUCCAUAUUAUUAUAAAUAUAGUUUAUACAAAAUGCCUUGAUGUAAAACUUGUCUCUCUAAUAACGCUGUUUUCUCACAAGUAAAAUUUUUGUUUCUCUAUUUCUUUUGGCAGACAGUGUUUUACUGGCUUUUGACGCUCUGUUUUUGUAAUGACUCUCAUUUUAUAAAUGUUUUGGAGAUAUAUUUAUUAAUGCUUAAUAAAUAAAUGUUUCAUUUUG